AUUAUUAAUUGAGAUCACGUGACGCGCUUUAUUUAGAACUAAAGAAAAUGGCCGCCAGUGUAGCUAUGCCUUUAUCGACUCAACAGGAUUUCUUCUCCCCGAGACGCCUCGAGGAAGAUGAAGAUGAGGAGGAGGAAGAAGAAGACGUUGUAGUUAAAUCCAAGCCUAUACCAAACCGACCGAUUCAACUGCUAACGGGCCAAGACGAAGAGGAAGAUGCUGCUGCUUUGGAAGAUGUUAUAGACGACUCACCGAUGCCCCAACCUCCUAAUGGAGGGAGCUCAGUCUACAGCAGGGACAGGCUCCCAAUGCUUGAUCUUGCCGAAGUAUCGCUGACCAGUGUAGAGGCAAGAGGUGACAGUUUAUUAGGCCCAAGCAGUAACUGGGUGAGCACUGCUAGUGCCUCCACUGGGGAGUUUGGGCUCUCGGGAAAAUUCAAAGUUCAAGGGAAACGCUGCAUAUUGAGACUUGAAGACGACAUGUUACAGUGGACUUGGGCAGGAAAGAGAGGUACUCAAAAUAAAGAAGUCCUCUCGCUGGCAGACAUAUUUGCCGUAGUUGUUAUAAAUUCCCGUGGAAGACCCGACGUCCACGGUACCCAGUUUGUGAUACAUGCCCUCAAGUCGAAGCCGGGGUCCUGUGGAGACCUCGUUGAGGUGACCUGUCAACCGUUAGACCCUCACCCAGCAGCCACUAGCCAGACCUGGGGAGAAUACCUCAGCCAACAGAUACAGAAUUUUGGUCAUCGUCCAAGAAGAUUAUAUGUUGUUAUAAAUCCAACCAGUGGAAACGGAAGCAGCUUAUCCACCUGGUCUAAAGUGGAGCCUCUCUUUAAACUAGCUAAUGUCCACACAGAAAUAUUUGUUACUCAGAGAAGAUUCCAAGCUCGUGAGAUUAUUCAAAGUUUGGCAGUGGAUCAGUAUGACGGGAUUAUUGUUGUCGGCGGUGAUGGUAUAUUUAACGAGGUACUCAACGGUCUCAUAUUGCAGACUCAGCAAUCAGCUGGCAUUGAUUUGAGACGAGGUCGGUUUGUUCCUGUACAGCCUAAUAUAAGACUGGGGAUAAUACCAGCUGGGUUUUCUAACUCAGUGGCAUGGUCUGUGCUUGGCACUAGGAAUCCAAAGGAAGCAGCUGCUCAGGUUUUAUUGGGUUCUUCCUCACCCAUUGAUGUAUGCAGUUUAUUUAAUUCAGGACAGUUAUUAUUAUUUUCAGCUGGUGCCCUUUCUUAUGGAGUUCAGGCUGAAGCAACAAUGUUUACUAACGACUUUACUUGGCUGGGGCAAAGAAGAGUGGACAUUGCUCAAAUUAGAGCUGUAUUAACCAAACGUGAUUUUGAGACAGAAGUGAUGUACAUACCAAUGACAGACAAUGACACUCUAUCCAACAGAACCGAGAGAGACAAAUGCUAUUCAAGGUGCCCAAAAUGUAGUAAUUUUGACGGAGUCCAAGAGCCCCAUGGUGGAGCACUAAACGAGAAAGGCGCUUCAGUAAUGGCCGCCUCCUACUCUAACGUUGACAGAUCGGCCGAUCAACUUGAGUGGAAGCGAAUUACGGGGACAUACUCAACUGUCAUAGCGUGUCCGCUGACCUGUAGAUCCCGUCAGGCUCCGGAGGGACUCUCCCCGUGGGCCCAUCAGGCGAACGGAGGGUUAGACCUCAUAUUGGUUAGGGGACGUGGGAAACUGGACACUUUGAAAUGGUUUAUACAUCAAAGGAGAGUUACACAGCUCAAUCUUCCUUAUGUACAGAUAUACAGAGUAAAAGAGUUUAAGUUUCGAGAGAUUUUGACUCAACCCCAGAGGGCUGAAGAGGAAAUAAAUCUUGUAUCAGAUACCAGAGAAGAUGAUGAUGAAGUGACUAACAGAAGUGCUGGAAUGAGAGGAAGUGGAGGAGGAGGAAGGAUAGGACGACAGCAGUCACAUGACAUCCUUCCAUCUAGUCACUGGAAUAUAGACGGAGACGACCUUAACAGAGUUGACAUUGAAGUCAGAGUCCAUCGUCAUUUAUUGGUGAUGUUUGCUCGUGGGGUUGAGCCUAUUUUUAGUAACGGUGAUGAUGACGAAGAAAUAUUAUCGGGUAACGAAUCAUUUGGAGAUACAAUUGACCGAGAAGGAUCAGAACAACUUAUACCAGCUCAGUCAACGUAACUUUCCUGGUUCCUUUCUUUAUGUGUCUCCUCCAGUUUAGCUUGUACUGUGUGUAUAAGAAUUUAUUGCUAUUUGUGUACAUGUAUGUAUGCGGUGUUGUCCCAUUCAUCUUAUUUUUUUAAUUUUUGCAAGUUUUAUUAGACAAAAUUAUGACAUUGUUAUUAUUAUUAUUGUUAUUAUUAUUAUUAUUAUUGUUUUAUAAAUUAUGGCACUUCAUUCCUAGCCCCCUCUCAUCUGUGAUUUAUUUCCUUUUUUCAUCAACUAAUAAUUAAUAUUAAUUUCAUUUAUAAA